AUGAUAGGAGGAAGAGGAUCUAAGCCAGCUGUACAACUACCUCAUUAUAAAUAUAUUGAGUUACCUAGUGGAAGAUGGCAUACUAAUGAGCACUCAAUGUAUAAUAUAUCGUCAAAAAAAUGGAAUAAUCCUUCAAUCAUUGGUCAGUGUAUACCACCUGCUAGUCACUUCAUCAUUGAAAAGAUCAACAGCACUAGAGCUGUUCUGUUUGGUGGACGAGAGACUGAUGAUGAAUCUGAGAAUACUUUUACUGACAGUGUUUACAUAUUAGAGAUAUCAAUCAGCACUGUGACCUGGCAGUGUAUAAAGAAACCUGAAGCAAUAGACCAAUGGCCUGUGGGUAGAUGCCAUCAUGCAGGUGCUAUUAUUAUAACUAGAUUAGACUGUCCUAUGCUAGUGAUAAGUGGUGGGGAGGGUGAUGAUGAUGAUAUAUUAGAUGAUUGUUGGAUCUUUAACAUCACUCAACAUUCCUGGAUAAAGUUAGAUGUACCUCACUCUGUUAGUGAGAGAUAUGGUCAUUCUCUCUCAGUGUUCAUUAUGAGUCCUCAUUGUGUCUGGAUGAUAACUGUUGGAGGAUGUGUUGAUAGAACAGGGACACUUAUCACAUACCCUAACUCUACUAUGUUAACUGAAUUAGUUCUCAACGAUAAAAGAGAGUGGACAGUAGGUGAUACAUUAGAUACCAAUGGUAUGAAUGAUGAAGAAUACAAGAAGAAAUAUCAGCAGCAACUACAGACAGGAAGGAGAAAGCAGGAGGAGUACCAGAAAUUCAAUGAAGAGCAUAUUAUAUCAGUACAAUAA